CGGGGCUGAAAGAAUUAGAUUUGGGUAUACAUAGCCCGAGUGAUGCGCGGACUGCGUCACUUGCCGAGUGCUACAAAUUCUGUUACACUCCAAACUUUCCAUUUCUACACUAAGCUCUUCAAAUCUUCUUCUUCCGCUUCGAUAUCUCCCAGGAGAAAUUUGAGUGUGGGAGCUUGUUCGUUGUUUCCAUCGAACAUGGAUCCUCCAAUUGCGAACAAAGUGAAACACGAGAUGGAGAUGUUUGGUGACGUCAGAAUCGACAAUUACUACUGGCUUCGCGACGAUUCUCGCUCCGACCCUCAUGUUUUGUCUUAUCUGCGAGAGGAGAAUGCUUACACCGACCAUCUCAUGUCCGGAACCAAACAUUUAGAAGAACAGAUAUAUAGCGAGAUAAGAGGUCGUCUAAAAGAAGAUGACAUAUCAGCGCCUUUUCGCAGAGGAGCUUACUAUUACUACAGCAGGACUUUGGAGGGUAAAGAAUAUUCCCAGCAUUGCCGCAGACGUGUGGUUAAUGUUGGUACAGAAGCGUCUGUUUACGACACCAUGCCUACUGGACCGGAUGCCCCUCCGGAGCAUGUCCUUCUUGAUGAAAAUGCCAAAGCUCAAGAACAUGCAUUUUACACCAUCGGUGCUUUCAAAGUUAGUCCAAACAACAAAUUGGUAGCUUAUGCAGAAGAUACUAAAGGAGAUGAAAUUUUCACAGUUCAUGUCAUUGAUGCUGAGUCUCGAGCACCAGUUGGGAAGCCUCUGGCUGGAGUUACGUCAGAUCUUGAAUGGGCUGACAACAAUGCUUUAGUUUACACCACUAGAGAUGAGAUACUCCGACCAGACAAGGUAUGGUUACAUAAGCUGGGAACAGAGCAAUCUUUGGAUAUUUGUCUUUAUCAUGAAAAGGAUGACAUGUUUUCUGUUGAUCUUGCUGUUUCUGAGAGCAAGAAAUUUCUGUUUGUUGAGUCUGCGAGCAAAAUUACAAGGUUUGUCUUCUAUCUUGACAUUUCGAAGCCCGAAGAUGGGCUAGUUGUUUUGACACCACGUUUGGAUGGCAUCGACACAUCAGCAAGUCAUCGUGGGAAUCAUUUUUUUAUUAAGAGAAGAAGUGAUGAGUGUUUCAAUUCAGAAAUACUUGCUUGUCCACUGGAUAACACAUCAGCUACCACAGUUCUUCUUCCUCACAAGCCAAGUGUCAAUAUUCAGGCGAUGCAACUCUUUAGUGAUCAUCUGGUUGUUUAUCAGCGGGAAAAUGGUUUGCCCAAGAUAACAAUAUAUAACCUUCCAGCUACUGGAGAGCCACUUGACAGACUGCAAGGUGGUCGGGUAGUGGAUUUUGUUGAUCCUAUAUAUUCAGUGGAUCCAUCAGAGUCAGAAUUCUAUUCCUGUAUUUUAAGGUUCGAUUAUAGCUCGAUGAAGACACCUCCUUCUGUUUACGAUUAUGAUAUGAACUCUGGGAUUUCAGUGCUCAAGAAGAUUGAUGUGGUCUUGGGAGGCUUUGAUUCUGGUAAUUAUUUAACUGAAAGACAGUGGGCUACUUCUGCUGACGGUACUAAAGUGCCUAUUUCGAUUGUAUAUAGAAAAGAUUUAGUGAAGCUUGACGGUUCAGAUCCACUGCUUCUUUAUGGAUAUGGUUCCUAUGAGAUAUGUAUUGAUCCAUAUUUCAAGGCAUCAAGGUUGUCUUUGUUAGACAGGGGUUUCAUUUUUGCAGUUGCCCACGUUCGUGGAGGUGGUGAAAUGGGAAGACCAUGGUAUGAAGAUGGAAAACUGCUCAAGAAAAAAAAUACAUUCACAGAUUUUAUUGCUUGUGCUGAAUAUUUGAUAGAAAAGAAGUACUGUUCAAAGGAAAAACUUUGCAUUGAGGGCAGAAGCGCUGGUGGUUUGCUAGUUGGUGCCGUUAUUAACAUGCGGCCUGAUUUAUUUAAGGCCGUUGUGGCUGGAGUGCCUUUCGUUGAUGUUUUGACUACUAUGCUUGAUCCAACUAUUCCUCUUACAACUUCAGAAUGGAUGGAAUGGGGUGAUCCUCGCAAAGAAGAGUUUUACUUCUACAUGAAGUCCUAUUCCCCAGUUGAUAAUAUUACAGCACAAAAUUACCCUGCUAUUCUUGUAACUGCCGGAUUAAACGAUACGCGUGUUCUGUACUCAGAACCAGCUAAAUUUGUUGCAAAGUUGAGAGAUACGAAGACAGAUGAUAAUACGCUGCUCUUUAAAUGUGAACUUGGUGCGGGGCAUUUUUCAAAGUCAGGAAGGUUUGAAAAGCUGCAGGAAGAUGCCUUCACAUAUACUUUUAUUAUGAAGGCCUUAAACAUGGUUCCUAGCAUACCUUAGAUUAAGAAGCUAACUAGUUCUUGCACUAUCAUUUAGCAAAAUACCUUAUAUUUAGAAUUUGAAAAAAGAUUAUUAUUUUUUUUAGAAAAAUAUUUCCAAGAACUGUCCGAAUUCUUGCAUCUUCCUCAGAGCAUGAAAGUUAGUGAUCAGAAAUCUUAUAUAUUGAAUUUGUCAGUUUAA